AUGGAGGAUGUAAGCAUACCCAUUCUUAACGGCCACACCCGCUCUGUUUGUGUCUCUGUCUUCUUCUGCUUUGUGCGCUGGGACCUCCAGAGCGUGGUCACGCUGGACGCUAUGGACGGCGACCCCAACUCCAAGUCUCACAUCGCCCUCAAGAGGAUCCAGAGUCCGGUCAUCCUGCUGUACUGCUCCAAGGACGAGGCGGUGUACAUUCUAGAAGAGGCGCGCUCCUUGGGCCUCAUUGGAGCCGGUUACAUCUGGAUUGUGUCCAGUCUCACCACCGGAAACCCCGACUAUACACCAGAGGCCUUUCCUCUGGGAAUGAUCUCCGUGUCCUACGACGAGUGGGAGUAUCCGCUGGAGACGCGGAUGCAGGACGGGGUGGACAUCAUCCUGUCCGCCGCCACCGCCAUGCUGCGGGAGAAAGGCGAACUGCCGGAGGCCCAGAGCAGCUGCUUCAGCACGCCGUCCGACCGCAGCCCGGGGAAACUGCCGCCCAGCGCCCUGCGCAGGCACAUGAUGCACGUGUGGAACGAGGGCAGAGAUCUUUCCUUUACCCCGGAUGGUUACCAGGCCAACCCCAAAUUAGUGGUCAUCGUGCUGAACAGCGAAAGGAAGUGGGAGAAGAUGGGUCGCUGGGAGAACGGGACGCUGUCGCUGAUGUUCCCCGUGUGGCCGCGCUACAACUCGCACGGCGACGAGGACGCAGACGAGAACCACCUGUCCAUCGUCACGCUGGAGGAGAAGCCCUUCGUCAUCGUGGACAACGUGGACAUCCUCACGGGGACCUGCAUGAGGAACUCCGUGCCCUGCCGCAAACACGUCAAAAACAACAGCACCAUGGGAGGUUCCUACAUCAAGCAGUGCUGCAAAGGCUUCUGCAUCGACAUCCUCAAGAAGAUCGCCAGGAACGUCAAGUUCACCUACGACCUCUACCUGGUGACCAACGGCAAGCACGGCAAGAAGAUCAACAACGUGUGGAACGGCAUGGUGGGAGAGGUGGUGUACAAGAAAGCCGUGAUGGCCGUCGGCUCGUUGACCAUCAACGAGGAGAGGUCGGAGGUCAUCGACUUCUCCGUGCCCUUCGUGGAAACCGGGAUCAGCGUGAUGGUGUCGCGGAGCAACGGCACCGUCUCUCCAUCUGCAUUCCUCGAGCCCUUCAGCGCCUCUGUUUGGGUGAUGAUGUUUGUGAUGCUGCUCAUCGUCACGGCCAUCGCUGUCUUCCUUUUUGAGUUUGUCUCCCCGCUGGGCUUCAACCGCAACUUGGCCCAAGGCAAAGACCCCCACGGUCCAUCCUUCACCAUCGGCAAAGCCAUCUGGCUGCUGUGGGGUCUGGUGUUCAACAACUCCGUUCCUGUCCAGAACCCCAAGGGCACCACCAGUAAGUUCAUCGUGUCGGUGUGGGCCUUCUUCGCCGUCAUCUUCCUGGCCUCGUACACCGCCAACCUGGCCGCCUUCAUGAUCCAGGAGGAGUUUGUGGACCAGGUCACCGGACUGUCUGACAAGAAGUUCCAGAGCCCCUACUCCUAUUCCCCGCCCUUCCGCUUCGGGACGGUCCCCAACGGCAGCACGGAGCGCAACAUCCGCAAGAACUACCCGGACAUGCACCAGUACAUGACCAAGUACCACCAGAGCGGCGUGCAGGACGCGCUGGUCAGCCUCAAGACCGGCAAACUGGACGCCUUCAUCUACGACGCCGCCGUGCUGAACUACAUGGCGGGCCGCGACGACGGCUGCAAGCUGGUCACCAUCGGCAGCGGCUACAUCUUCGCCACCACGGGGUACGGCAUCGCUCUGCAGAAGGGGUCCUACUGGAAGCGCCUGGUGGACCUGGCCAUCCUCGGCAUCAUCGGAGACGGUGAGAUGGAGGAGCUGGAGGCCCAGUGGCUGACGGGGAUCUGCCACAACGAGAAGAACGAGGUGAUGUCCAGCCAGCUGGACGUGGACAACAUGGCGGGGGUCUUCUACAUGCUGGCCACCGCCAUGGGCCUGUCCAUCCUCACCUUCAUCUCCGAGCACCUCUUCUACUGGCGCCUGCGAUACUGCUUCACCGGCGUCUGCUCGGGGCGACCGGGCCUCCUCUUCACCAUCAGCAGGGGCAUCUGGAGCUGCAUCCAUGGCGUUCAUAUCGACAUGAAGAAGAAAUCCCCGGAGCUGGACUUCAGUCCUCAGGCCAACAUGCUGCACCUGCUCAAGUCGGCAAAGUCCAUGGCCUUGUCCUCGCCCAAACGCAACACGGUGCUGGUGCAGCCCAGCAUCCUGGACAUGAUGUCAGGCAAAGGUAACUCGCUCCAUCUGCCUCAAAAGGGUCCCGGUCUCUAUAGCAACGCCAGCGGUCCGCAGGGUUUCCUGUCCUUAUCCGGGCGCCACAAGAACCUCCUGAACAACGCGGCGCCCUUCCCCGGCCAGCCGAAAGGCCCCGCCCACCAGGCCAGCCCCAGCAAGCCGCAGCUGUCCAUCACCAACGACAACGGCAAGACCCACCUCGCCGGUGCCGCCGGCCCGCCGUCCAAGCCCCGUGCUCUUUGGAAGAAAAGCGUGGAGACGCUGAAGACCCAACCCGGCGCGGGGGCGGUGGUGGCGGCGGCGGCGGCGCCGGGUGCCGGGCCGAGCCCGACGGCGGCGGCGCCGGGGCCGGCGUCCAUGAAGAGCCAGCGCUACCUUCCCGAAGAGCCGCCGCACUCUGACAUCUCGGAGUGCUCCAGUCGGCCGCCGUCGCACAAAGAUUCCGACUCCAUGGCGCCGAGGGGCGGGUUCAAGCCCAUCAAUCAGCUGAGGAAGCGGGGAGGCGGAGCCUCCAAGAUCUACUCCAUCGACUCGGACCAGGCCAGCCUCCAGUCGGCUCCCCCGUACCAGCGAGACAGCCAGGGGGGCAGCGACGAGCACCCGUACCCCCCCGACCUCUUCCCCCCCAACAGCACGUACUCGCACAAAGCGGACACGCCCAUCCUGCAGCUGAGCGCCACCUUGCUGCACCACAGCCACAGCGCCGAGGCCGACCUGCACUCCAUGAAGGACAAGAAGUACAGCACCUACACGCACAGCAGCGCCAAGGACAAGUCGGGCGGUUCCUUCGAGGGGCCGGGCUUGGGGGCCAGCUCGCAGGGCGUCCGCCCGGGCCACUGUCGCUCCUGCCUGACCAAGCUGAGCGGCUACUCGGGCCUCUACACGGUGCGAUCCCCGCAGGCUCGCUGCGACGCCUGCGCCCACCUGGGCAACCUGUACGACAUCAGCGAGGACCACCUGCACUACUCGCACGGCGGAGACAUGUUCGCCCACUUCCUGCCCCAGAGCCAGCUGGGCCUGGUGGGCGAGGGGGACGACCUGGUCAGCCACUUCGAGCCGGCGCCGGCGUCGCCGUCCGCCCGCCCCGCCGCCUCCUCGCCGGCCCAGCACCCGCAGCUGAGUCGCCAGCACUCCUACGAGAACCUGCUCCCGGACGGCGUUUCCGAGAUGCAGACUCACCUGCGCGGCCUCAGCCUCCCCGACAGGGAGCGGGAAUCCGCCCUCGACGAGGGGGCGUACGCUAACGUCCUCACCAUGCGCUCCGACCGCCCCUUCAGCGGCCGCAGCCCGCCCUCGCCGUCCCCCUCCCAUCACCACAGCUUGGACGCCCCCAUGCCCCUCCCCCGACGCUCCAAGAGCCUCUUCCCCGACCGGCCCUCCCACAACCCUUUCCUGCAGUCGGCCGCCGGCACGGCGCAGCGGGAGCCCGCCACCCACAGCGCCCCCCGCGUGUCGCAGAGAAGCUCCGCCCACGAGCUGUACAAGCAGCGCAUGCCGCUCUCGCUCACCCUCGGCAACCACGGCGGCCACCACGCCAACCAGCACCACGUCGACCCGCAGGUCUUCUACCCUCAGCAGGAUCCCCCCGUGGUGGCCUACAUGGUCCCGCCCGCCGCCGCCGCCCAACCCAUGAGCCACGUGACGGCGCCGCGAGCUUCCAGCGCCGGCGGCAACAGGCCCCGCCUCUAUCGCCGCAUGCCUAGCAUCGAGUCUGACGUGUGAGACUCGCACUUCCUGUCACUGACACGCAUCCAAUAAGGCGGGGCCUCCUCCCCCCCCCCACUCCCCCACCAGCUCCUCUGGGUCACGGGGAGCCGCCCGGCCCCGCCCCUUUUUUCUUUUCUUCUUUUGCUGUGUGUGCACAUUCACCUUCGACUCUCUGCAGCCAACAUGUGUCUUCUACGAGCACACACAGCCGCGCGGGAAUCGAACCUGCGGGCGGACUCCACGGGGCGGCUUGGUUAGGCAGGGUCCCCGCAUCGCCACACACACACACACACACACACACACACACACACACACACACACACACACGUACACUUAUAGACUGUUUGAUAACAUUGAUGUCAGCUAAUUGAACAUUCCAAAAAAAAUAAGAAGGGGCGGCCUUUAAGUGGCAGCCGAUCAAAUCCUCUCAGGAUGAGAGUGUUCCGAGAAGGACACACACACACACACACACACACACACAUAAUUUAGCAUCCUAGCUUCCUUCCUCUCUUAGCUCCUAGCCUUCAGGUCACACACUGCAUGCUUCCUAAGGCCCUGGCAUACGCUCACACACUGAUGCAGGGUCAUAUACGCGCGCGCACACACACACACACACGCACGCGUGUGUGUGUGUGUUGGUCGAGGCUCUUUGUGCACUUUGUACAUUUUAUAACCUGCCACCAAACACAAACCAAAAAAAAAAAAAAAAACACUUUUUUUAUACUCAGAAUUCGCUGGAGGAUUUGAUAUCUUUUUUUGUUGUUGUUGUUUUGACUCCGGCGCCGUGUGAGGUCAUGGGUGUUGCUAAGCAGUGACGUGUCAUCAUAGCCAGCUCAUCGUUAGCCCCUCCCACUUCCUUUUUCAGCGGCUGUCACGUUGACGGUGUAGAUUAGUCGUGCCUGUUCAAAAAACAACGAGGAACUGUUUUUUUUAAUUAGAUUUUUUUUCGAAUCAGGCGUGAAACGGCGUUGGCUUGUGGAUGGCGGACGCACACGUCGUCGGUUUUGAUGGCGAGUGUCACGCGAGUCAUGUCCUGGUUUGUGUUUAGCUACAGUUUUCCCUACGGAUCUUUCUGCUACGUUCUCGUGGCCUUGUGCUCUCCAGGAGGCUUUGAACUUGUUACACGAGGCAAAAAAGACUAAAAUUUUAGAUGCUCGCCUGAACAUAAACAGUUGCCAAGGGUGUAUGGUGGGGUGAGGGGGGCGUGGCCUGCAGACCUGCCGCAAAACGGACUGUGCCAGGGCUGUCUUCGAGCUCUUAGCGGCUGGUUGCUGUCACCGCCGCGAGCACGCUUGCGAGAGCCGUCGGGGUCGGUCUCUUCCGCCUCAGGUGGUCCGGCCAUGUUGGGCGCCAAAUUGUGGAAGUUUCUACCCUCCGGGUUCCUCAGACCACCAAGCACUGACAUGACAGUUGAGUUUCAGGUUUGCAAUACUGUUUUAUUUCUAAAUAACGUCUCUCAGAUGCUUUUCAGCAAUUGUCUUUGUCUGACUCUCUCGCGCUCUCGCUCCAACUUUCUCCUCUCCGGCUGCUGCCUUUUAACAGAGCGACAGGUGAUUAGAUAACCAGGCCCAGGUGGGCCAUGUACGCACCUGUCGCUGAUUUCGAAGCCGGUCCUGGCAUACCUCGUUUCACUGCAGGUCCGCAGGCCACGCCCCCCCACAGCGAACAUCAAGACGGUCUUUAAACCAGGCAAAGGAAGCGCAAACUCCCAGACCAAGUGAAUAGCGCUACUAGCAACCAAAAAAUAAACCAAGGAGCAGUGACAAGCGAAGCAUAGUCAUAAAGUCAGGAGAACUAGAACUAAACACAAACCAGGUCCCGGGUCAUGACGAGCUAUGUCCAAACUGAGGGUCAGCGUCUGGUGACGGAACAUAAUGCUUCACAUUGGAACAUGUGUAGGGUGGUGGAAGUAAAUAACUGACCUCACUUCAACAACAGUUGUACGGUUACCAAGUCACUCAAGUGUGGCACUCGCUACACCCAGGAAGCACGUUACUUCUCUUUGGGUCACCCCGGGCCUUUAAGUCUCUCCUGGGGGCCAAACUGUGGGAGUACGAUUCCGCCACAAACCAAAACAAAACCUUAAAUGUAAGUUAUAUUUAUGAGGGGGAGAAAAGUCAAAUGGAUGAGAUAAAAAGUCAUGAUUUUGAGAUAUAAUUUCAAAAUUCUGAGGUGAAAAGUCAUAAUUAUGGGAGGAAAAAAAAAUCGAAAUAAUUGAAUUAUGUUUAUAUAGCGCUUUUCUCUAGAGACUCAAAGCGCUUUUACAUAGUGAAACCCAAUAUGUAAGUUACAUUUAAACCAGUGUGGGUGGCACUGGGAGCAGGUGGGUAAAGUGUCUUGCUCAAGGACACAAGGGUAGUGACGAGGAUGGCACAAGCAGGGAUUGAACCUGGAACCCUCAAGUUGCUCUACCAACCGAGCUAUGCCGCCCCCAAAUAAUGAGAGAAGAAAGUCGAAAUUAUGGGACAAAAAGUCAUAAAUAUUGGAUGAAAUGUGAAAAUUAUAAAACAAAAAGUCAUAAUUAUGUGAUUAAAAAUAAAAAAAAAUCAUAAUUAUUCAAUAUAAAGUCGAAAUUAUAAGAGAAGAGAAUCGAAAUUAUGAGACAAAAAGUCCUAAUAAUUGGAUAAAAUGUCAAAAUUAUGGGAUAAAAAGUCAUAAAUAUGAUAUGAAAAAACGAAAUUAUGAGAUGAAAAGUCAUAAUAAUGGGAUUCAAAAACUAGAAAUUAGAGCGAAGAAGGUUGAAUUUUUGAGAUAAAAAGUCAUAAUUAUGAGAAUGGAAAUCAAAAUGAGAUAAAAAGUCAUAAUUACUCAGUAUAAAGUCAAAAUGAUGACACAAAAAGUCCUAAUUGGAUAAAAUGAAUGUCAAAAUGAUUUGACAAAAAGUAUAUAUAUGUAUGAGCUCAAAAGUGAUAAUUAUUGGAUUAAAUGUCGAAAUAAUGGGAUAAAAAAUCAUAAAUAUGAGAUUAAAAAAACGAAAUUAUGAGAUUAAAACUCGUAAUUGGACACGAUGUCGAAAUUAGGAGACAAAAGUCAUAAUUAUUGAAUAAAAUGUCAAAAUUAUGAGACGAAAAGUCAAAAUUAUUGGAUAAAAUGUCAAAAUUAGGAGAUAAAUGUCAUAAUUAUUGAACAAAAUGUAAAUAUGAGAUGAAAAAACGAAAUUAUGGGAUCAAAAGUCAUAAUUGGACACAAUGUCGAAAUUAGGAGACACAAGUCAUUAUUGGAUAAAAUGUCAAAAUUAUGAAACAAAAAGUCAACAUUAUUGGAUGAAAUGUCAAAAUUAGGAGAUAAAAAGUCUUAAUUAUUGGACAAAAUGUAAAUAUGAGAUAUAAAGUUAAAUAUGAGUUUAAAAAAGGAAAUUAUGAGCUCAAAAGUCAUAAGUAUUGGAUUAAAUGUCGACAUAAUGGGAUAAAAAGUCAUAAAUAUGAGAUUAAAAAAAUGAAAUUAUGAGAUUAAAACUCAUAAUUGGACACAAUGUCAAUAUUAGGAGAGAAGGAAAUCGAAAUUAGGAGACAAAAGUCAUAAUUAUUGGAUAAAAUGUCAAAAUUAUGAGACAAAAAGUCAAAAUUAUUGGAUAAAAUGUCAAAACUAAGAGAUAAAUGUCAUAAUUAUUGGACAAAAUGUAAAUAUGAGAUGAAAAAACAAAAUUAUGGGAUAAAAAGUCAUAAUUGGACACAAUGUCGAAAUUAGGAGAGAAGGAAGUCGAAAUUAGGAGACAAAAGCCAUAAUUAUUGGACAAAAUGUCAAAAUUAUGAGAUGAAAAGUCAUAAUUGGGAUUGAAAAAAUGAAAUUAUGAGCGAAGAAGGUUGAAUUUUUGAAAUUAAAAAAAUCAUAAUUAUGAGAAUGGAAAUCGAAACGAUGAGAUAAAAAGUCAUAAUUACUCAGUAUAAAGUCAAAAUGAUGAGACAAAAAGUCCUAAUUGGAUAAAAUGAAUGUAAAAAUGAUUUGAUAAAAAGUCCUAAUUAUUUGAUUAAAUGUCAAAAUUAUGGGAUAAAAAGUCAUAAUUGGAUAAAAUGUCGAAAUUAGGAGAGAAGGAAGUCGAAAUUAGGAGACAAAAGUCAUAAUUUUUGGAUAAAAUGUCAAAUUUAUGGGAUAAAAAGUCAUAAUUGGAUAAAAUGAAUGUCAAAAUGAUGAGACAAAAAGUCAUAACUAUUGGAUUAAAUGUCGAAAUUAUGGGAUAAAAAGUCAUAUUUGGAUAAAAUGUCGAAAUUAGGAGAGAAGGAAGUCAAAAUUAGGCGGAAAAAGUCAUAAUUAUUGGAUAAAAUGUCAAAAUUAUGAGACGAAAAGUCAAAAUUAUUGAAUAAAAUGUAAAAACUGAGAGAUAAAUGUCAUAAUUAUUGGACAAAAUGUAAAUAUGAGAUAAAAAAACGAAAUUAUGGGAUAAAAAGUCAUAAUUGGACACAAUGUCGAAAUUAGGAGAGAAGGAAGUCGAAAUUAGUAAAUUAAUUUAUUGAAUAAAAUGUCAAAAUUAUGAGAUGAAAAGUCAUAAUUGGGAUUGAAAAAAUGAAAUUAUGAGCAAAGAAUGUGGAAUUUUUUAAAUGAAAAAAUCAUAAUUAUGAGAAUGGAAAUCGAAAUGUUGAGAUAAAAAGUCAUAAUUACUCAGUAUAAAGUCAAAAUGAUGAGACAAAAAGUCAUAAUUAUUGUAUUAAAUGUCGAAAUCAUGGGAUAAAAAGUCCUGAUUGGAUAAAAUGUCGAAAUUAGGAGAGAAGGAAGUUGAAAAUAGGAGACAAAAGUCAUAAUUAUUGGAUAAAAUGUUGAAAUUAUGAGAUGAAAAGUCAAAAUUAUUAGAUAAAAUGUCAAAAUUAGGAGAUAAAUGUCAUAAUUAUUGGAUAAAAUGUCAAAAUUAUGAGAGGAAAAGUCAUAAUUGGGAUUGAAAAAAUGAAAUUAUGAGCGAAGAAGGUUGAAUUUUUUAAAUUAAAAAAUCAUAAUUAUGAGAAUGGAAAUCGAAAUGAUGAGAUAAAAAGUCAUAAUUACUCAGUAUAAAGUCAAAAUGAUGAGACAAAAAGUCAUAAUUAUUGGAUUAAAUGUCGAAAUUAUGGGAUAAAAAGUCUUAAUUGGAUAAAAUGUUGAAAUUAGGAGAGAAGGAAGUCGAAAUUAGGAGACAAAAUCCAUAAUUAUUGGAUAAAAUGUCAAAAUUAUGAGAUGAAAAGUCAUAAUUGGGAUUGAAAAAAUGAAAUUAUGAGCAAAGAAGGUUGAAUUUAAUUUAAAAAUUAAAAAAUCAUAAUUAUGAAAUGGAAAUCGAAAUGACACAAAAAGUCCUAAUUAUUGGAUUAAAUGUCGAAAUUAUGGGAUAAAAAGUCAUAAUUGGAUAAAAUGUCGAAAUUAGGAGAGAAAUAAGUCGAAAUUUGGAGACAAAAGUCAAAAUUAUUAGAUAAAAUGUCGAAAUUAGGAGAUAAACGUCAUAAUUAUUGGAUAAAAUGUCAAAAUUAUGAGACAAAAAAUCAAAAUUAUUGGAUAAAAUGUCAAAAUUAAGAGACAAAUGUCAUAAUUAUUAGACAAAACGUAAAUAUGAGAUAAAAAAAACGAAAUUAUGGGAUAAAAAGUCAUAAUUGGACACAAUGUCGAAAUUAGGAGAGAAGGAAGUCGAAAUUAGGAGACAAAAGUCAUAAUUAUUGCAUAAAAUGUCAAAAUUACGAGAUGAAAAGUCAUAAUUGGGAUUGAAAAAAUAAAAUUAUGAGCGAAGAAGGUUGAAUUUUUUAAAUUAAAAAAAUCAUAAUUAUGAGAAUGGAAAUCGAAAUGAUGAGAUAAAAAGUCCUACUUAUUGGAUUAAAUGUCGAAAUUAUGGGAUAAAAAGUAAAAAUUGGAUGAAAUGAAUGUCAAAAUGAUGAGAUAAAAAGUCAUAAAUAUUGGAUUAAAUGUCGAAAUCAUGGGAUAAAAAGUCAUAAUUGGAUAAAAUGUCGAAAUUAGGAGAGAAGGAAGUUGAAAUUAGGAGACAAAAGUCAUAAUUAUUGGAUAAAAUGUUGAAAUUAUGAGAUGAAAAGUCAAAAUUAUUAGAUAAAAUGUCAAAAUCAGAAGAUAAAUUUCAUAAUUAUUGGAUAAAAUGUCAAAAUUAUGAGACGAAAAGUCCAAAUUAUUGGAUAAAAUUUCAAAAUUAGGAGAUAAAUGUCAUAAUUAUUGGACAAAAUGUCAAUAUGAGAUAAAAAAAAACGAAAUUAUGGGAUAAAAAGUCAUAAUUGGACACAAUGUCGAAAUUAGGAGAGAAGGAAGUCAAAAUUAGAAGACAAAAGCCAUAAUUAUUGGAUAAAAUGUCAAAAUCAUGAUAUGAAAAGUCAUAAUUGGGAUUGAAAAAAUGAAUUUAUGAGCGAAGAAGGUUGAAUUUUUGAAAUGAAAAAAUCAUAAUUAUGAGAAUGGAAAUCGAAAUGAUGAGAUUAAAAAUCCUAAUUAUUGGAUUAGAUGUCGAAAUUAUGGGAUAAAAAGUCAUAAUUUAAUAAAAUGAAUGUCAAACUGAUGAGAUAAAAAGUCAUAAAUAUUGGAUUAAAUGUCAAAAUCAUGGGAUAAAAAGUCCUAAUUGGAUAAAAUGUCGAAAUUAGGAGAGAAGGAAGUCGAAAUUUAGAGACAAAAGUCAUAAUUAUUGGAUAAAAUUUCAAAAUUAUGAGACGAAAAGUCAAAAUUAUUGGAUAAAAUGUCAAAAUUAGGAGAUAGGUGUCAUAAUUAUUGGAUAAAAUGUCAAAAUUAUGAGACAAAAAAUCAAAAUUAUUGGAUAAAAUGUCAAAAUUAAGAGAUAAAUGUCAUAAUUAUUGGACAAAACGUAAAUAUGAGAUAAAAAAAACGAAAAUUUGGGAUCAAAAGUCACAAUUGGACACAAUGUCGAAAUUAGGAGAGAAGGAAGUCAAAAUUAGGAGACAAAAGCCAAUAUUAUUGGAUAAAAUGUCCAAAUUAUGAGAUGAAAAGUCAUAAUUGGGAUUGAAAAAAUUAAAUUAUGAGCGAAGAAGGUUGAAUUUUUUAAAUUAAAAAAAUCAUAAUUGUGAGAAUGGAAAUCGAAAUGAUGAGAUAAAAAGUCAUAAUUGCAUGAAAUGUCGAAAUUAGGAGAAAAGGAAGUUGAAAAUAGGAGACAAAAGUCAUAAUUGUUGGAUUAAAUGUUGAAAUUAUGAGAUGAAAAGUCAUAAUAAUGGAAUGAAAAAAUUAAAUCAUGAGCGAAGAAGGUGGAAUAUUUGAAAUAAAAAAUUAUAUUUAUGGGAAUGGAAAUCUAAAUGCUGGGAUAAGAAGUCAAAAUUACUCAGUAUAAAAGUCAAAAUGAUAAGACAAAUAAUUGGAUAAAAUGAAUGUCGAAAUGUUUUCACAAAAAGUCUUAAUUAUUGGAUAAAAUGUUGAAAUUAUGGGAUAAAAAGUCAUAAAUAUGAGAUUAAAAAACGAAAUUAUGAGAUAAAAAGUCUUAAGAAACCGACUCCAAAAAAACCCUCCGACUCAAAUAAAACAAGUCUCCAUUUUUCCAAGAAUGCGUUAGCUUGCUAUUGACAUGUUGCUAAUUAGCGCUAGCAAUUUCAAAUGUGUUAAUGAAAACUACAACAAAGAGGCGUGCUCCAAACAGCCGGUGCCUAAUAAGUACAAUACUUACAGUAUUGACACUUUUUAGGGCGCAAUUAAUACCAAAAAUAAUAAUAAUACAGCAUAAACUUUACACUAAUUCCAUGUCUUGGACUGUAAUUGCAAUUAUUGUCAUCCUUGCAAAUGAGACUCGGAAAUGUGAUGAAAGAAAAAAACAACAACUGGACGGCAGUUAUCAUAACUCAUUUUUAUUAAAUUUUGCAAUAAAAAUAAAUAAAAUAAAAUAAAUAAAUAAAAUGUAAUUGUGUUAUCAAAAAACAUUCAUGCUUAUCAACACACACAUAAAGGGCCAAAAAUUGGUAUCGGUAUGGAAUCCCAGGUAGAGGGAAUCGCUACCGUAUCGGUUCAAAUGUCUCAGACACCAAUCCCUAGUUAUUUAUGACUUUUCCAACUUUAAACGCUGCUUCCUGAUUAAAAUCGCUUUUUAUUUUUUUUUUUACAAAAUGAAAAAAUUUGGCCCGCAGCUUAUCGGCACAUUUUCAUGUUGGCGGGAAUACGUUUCGUUUGCGUCGCCAGAGUGGACCACGAUUGGUCGACCGCUCUAAGGCCCGCCCCUAAGGUCGAGUGGGGGAGCAAACAAGGCUCAACAUCAUCAAGGAUGGAACCUAAACCCGUGACGGGACCUGCUCCUACCAAAUGGAUUCAGUGUAGUAGUGGUCUCAUUAUCCAGUCCCGCCGCCCUUUUUCCAGUGCGCCUUUAGAACUAAACCCAAAACCAGGCAAGUUGGCACGUUUGUUUAAAUAGUAAAUAAAAACAGAAUACAAUGAUUUGCAAAUCCUUUUCAACUUAUAUUCAAUUGGGCUACAGGCAGGCCAGUCUAGUACCCGCACUCUUUUACUACGCAGCCACCCUGUUGUAACACAAGGCUUGGCAUUGUCUUGCUGAAAUAAGCAGGGGCGUCCUGUAAGGCUUUGAAAAAAAGGAUUGGACUCAGAUGCAGAGUUGGGACUUUAGACAGGCUUUUAUUUGGACAAUUUCCUUUUUACCUCCCAAGUCAAGAAAAAACAUUAUCUAUAAUCACAAAAAUAAACUACUCGGCGAAAAGGUUCCAGAACAAGAAGGAACAACCGAAAAUCACUCCGAACGGAGGAAAACACAAAAGUAAAGACGAACUAUAAAACAGUAUUUAACAAAAUAUGAAAAUAUCUACACUACCUAAUCUAAUAAAGUAUUUAACAAAAAUAGUCACUCAAAAAGUUGAGGAAUGAAGGAAAAACUUUUAACUGAAACUUACCACUGCGGCUGAAUAACUAAAUAAUCAAAAUCACACCUGCUGAGGAGGAAGAAAGGAAAACUCAAAAUAUUCGUAAAGGGUUUUCAGGAUCAAGGGACAUAAGCACAAGACAAGGCAAGGCAUGGACAAAGACAAUAAACGAGACAAUCUGGCACAGAACAAAGGAAGGAGUGAGCUUAUAAAACACAUGAAGGUAAUAGGGAACAGCUGGAAACAAUCACAGAACAGGGAUGACACAAAAGGAAGGGCAAGUGACCUGAAACGAGAGGAGAGUUACUUUUCAAAUUAAAACCAUAAGACAAGAAAAAAAGACAUCCCUCACCGUGGUGUCAAUGUGAAUUAUAUUUAUAUAGCGCUUUUCUCAAGUGACUCAAAGCGCUUUACAUAGUGACACCCAAUAUCUAAGUUCCAUUUAAACCAGUGUGGGUGGCCCUGGGAGCAGGUGGGUAAAGUGUCUUGCCCAAGGACACAACGGCAGUAACUAGGAUGGCACAAGCGGGAAUCGAACCCGCAACCCUCAAGUUGCUGGCACGGCCACUCUACCAACCGAGCUAUGCCGCCCCAGUGACACGUCCGUGAUAACGUUGUUCCAAAACCUGUAUGUACCGUUCAGCAUUAAUGGUACCUUCCCAGAUGUGUAAGUUACCCAUGUCUUGGGAACUAAUGCACCCCCAUACCAUCACAAAUGCCGGCUUUGGAACUUUGCGGAUGGUUCUUUUCCUCUUUGACGUCCGCAGUUUCCAAAAAAACAAUUUGAAAUGUGGACUCGUCAGACCACAGGAUACUUUUCCCCACGCUGCAUCAGUCCAUCUUAGAUGAGCCAAGCCGGUGGUGUUUCUGGGUGUUGUUGAUAAACGGGUUUGACCUCGCAUGGUAGAGUUUUAACUCGCACUUGCAGGUGUAGCGGCGAACUCUAGUGACCGACGGUGGUUUUCUGAAGUGUUCCUCGCCCCAUGUGGUGAUAUCCUUUACACACCGAUGUCGCUUUUUGAUGCGGUGAAGUGAAUUAUAUUUAUAUAGCGCUUUUUCUCAAAGUGACUCAAAGCGAUUUGCAUAGUGACACCCAAUAUCUAAGUUACUUUUUUUUUUUUAAAGCAGUGUGGGUGGCAUUGGGAGCAGGUGGGUAAAGUGUCUUGCCCAAGGACACAACGGCAGUAACUAAGAUGGCACAAGCGGGAAUCGAACCCGCAACCCUCAAGUUGCUGGCACGGCCACUCUACCAACCGAGCAAUGCCGCCCUAGUGACACAUCCGUGAUAACGUUGCUCCAAAAACUGUAUGUACCUUUCAGCAUUAAUGGUACCUUCCCAGAUGUGUAAGUUACCCAUGUCUUGGGAACUAAUGCACCCCCAUACCAUCACACAUGCCGGCUUUGGAACUUUGCGGAUGGUUCUUUUCCUCUUUGACGUCCACAGUUUCCAAAAAAACAAUUUGAAACGUGGACUCGUCAGACCACAGGAUACUUUCCCCCACGCUGCGUCAGUCCAUCUUAGAUGAGCCAAGCCGGUGGCGUUUCUGGGUGUUGUUGAUAAAUGGGUUUGACCUUGCAUGGUAGAGUUUUAACUCGCACUUGCAGGUGUAGCGAGGAACUGUAGUGACCGGCGGUGGUUUUCUGAAGUGUUCCUCGGCCCAUGUGGUGAUGUCCUUUACACACCGAUGUCGCUUUUUGAUGCGGUGAAGUGAAUUAUAUUUAUAUAGCGCUUUUUCUCAAAGUGACUCAAAGCGCUUUGCAUUGUGAAACCCAAUAUCUAAGUUACAUUUCUUUUUUUUAAACCAGUGUGGGUGGCACUGGGAGCAGGUGGGUAAAGUAUUUUGCCCAAGGAUACAACGGCAGUGACUACGAUGGCAGAAGCGGGGAUCGAACCCGCAACCCUCAAGUUGCUGGCACGGCCGCUCUACCAACCGAGGGAUGGAAGGUCCGUAAUAUCAGACAGAAAUCCCUAAAUUCCUUUCAAAUUUCCAUUGAGAUACGUCGUUCUUAAACUGUUGGACAAUUUGCUCGCGCGUUUGUCGACAAAGUGGUGACCCUCGCCUCCGUCCUUUCUUGUGAAAGACCGGGCAUUUUUUUGGGGAAGCUGUUUUUAUACCCAACCAUGGCACCCACCUGUUCCCAAUCAGCCUGCACACCUGUGAGAUGUUCCAAAUAAGUGUUUGAAUGAGCAUUCCUCGACGUUCUCAAGUCUUUUUUGCCACUUGUGCCAGCUCUUUUGAAACAUGUUGCAGGGAUCAAAUUGCAAAUUAGUUAAAAUUUGCAAAAAAAUAACAAGUUUACCAGUUCGAACGUUAAAUAUCUUGUCUUUGCAGUUUAUUCAUUUGAAUAUAAGUAUUUUGUUUUUAUUAAUAUUUACACAAGGUGCCAACUUCACUGGUUUUGGGGUUUUCUAUAAUGUUUUAUUAAAUUUGGGAGCGACUAAAGCAGAAAGGAGGUCAGGUUCCAAUCCUCACGCAACGACUCCUUGGUUAGGACGCCGCCGUCCACAAUCAGCUCGCCGCCGCCUUAUUUUUUUAUAUUAUUUUU